CACAUUAAAAUGGUGGAAGCCCUUAUAAUGGUGUUGCCCAUGCAAAAAUGGCCUUUGGGCCACUAGAGGCCUCUAUCAUUCUUCAUGAUUCCAUUCGCUCUCUGAUGCUGCUGCAUUGUGCCUGUAUUGCGCCUGUAUUGCCUAUUGCUUACAGUCGAUUCUGUUCAGUUGUAAAGUCAAGAUGGCUUCUCGUUUGAAGGUCCUCAGAGUGUUCAAAGCACUGCACAGAACAAGAAUGGAGUUGUUCAAAGAAGAUACCAGAGCAUUGACAGCUGCAAGACGGAAGAUAAAUGAAGAAUUCAGGAAAAACAAAAAUGAGACCUCGGAGGAAAACAUCAAUCAGAUGAUUAAAAUGGCCGCUGGUGUGGAAGUGUUUCUUCGUCAAGAUGUCGUACAAGCCGAGCAUGUAGCUGAAGAUAGGAUUCAACUCCGACCUAGAGAGAGCCUUCUUCUGGAAAACGUACCGUACUGCGAUACACCUAGAAAAAGGUCUUCUUCCAACAAUGCACCAAAGCAAAGUUGUAACGAUGCACCAAUUACACGAUGUGAAUGACCAACGAUAACAGCUGAAGGCUUUAUUUCUCACUCCUCUGGAAGAUUUUAAGUGUAAUUCCUGACAUCAAUUACGGAACAUACAGUAUGUAAUUAUAUGAUGUGUGUGUGUGGGGGGGGGGGUGUUAAGAAUUUGUCAUACAAAUGUGGUAGUUGUAGAUUUGGUGAUAUUCAUUGUAAAUGCAUAUUAUUUUGUUUGCUGCUAUAUAUGUUGAUUUCUUGUUGAAUGAAUGACUGUUAUACCAUUA